AGCCUAGCCUGGAGUUCCUCGGCGCUGAUGGUGAAUAGCCACCGCUGCGGUAAAGGGCGGAGGAGAAGAAGCCGCAGAAGGAGUCAGCAGUGGCAGAGGAAUGAUAGUUCGGAGUUCGUCUCUUAGAAUAAGCGGUAUUACGUGUAUCAUUUAAUCCUUACAAACCCCAGAAGCAAGGGAAGGGGAACAAAUAAGGAAAGAUGGCGGCCGCGGCCUCGCCGGGCUCCGGCUCGUCCACCCCUUCAGACUGGGUCGUGCUGAGAGACGGUUGCCUGCGUUGCGACGAGGAGGGCCUGCGAAGCCUUUCCUACCACCCGGCCCUCAACACUAUCUUGGCCGUUACGAGUCGCGGCAGUAUCAAAGUAAUCGACGGCACUUCGGGGGCCAUUCUCCAGGCGUCGGCAUUGCACGCUAAACCCGGUGGUCGAGUCAGGUGUCAGUACUUUCCAGCAGUGGACAAGGUUCUUUUUGUGAACGACUAUGCAGUGGGAUGCAGGAAGGACUUGAACGGCAUCCUGCUCCUGGACACGGCCCUCCAGCCUCCAGUGGCCAAGCCCGAGGAUAUGGUUCAGCUGGAGCUGCCGGUCACAGAGGCCCAGCAGAUGCUGUCAGCCUGUCAGGAAAAGAUCGAUGUGUCCAACACGGAGGGCUAUGAACUCUUUAUCAACCAGCUCAAAGAAGGCCUGAAGAAUACCUCACACGAGACGGCAGCCAGUCACAAAGUGGCCAAGUGGGCGACAGUGACCUUCCAUCUUCCCCACCACAUACUGAAGCUGGUGGCGAAUGCCAUCGUCAAUGAGCUGAAGAAGAUAAACCAGAACGUAGCUGCCUUGUCCGUGGCCUCAUCCAUCAUGGACCGGCUCUCCUACCUCUUGUCGAGCGCCAGGCCUGAGCUUGGGGUGGGCCCCGGGCGCUCUGUAGAUAGAUCUUUGAUGUACAGCGAGGCCAACAGGAGGGAGACUUUUACGUCGUGGCCACACGCCGGCUACAGGUGGGCUCAGCCGGAUCCAAUGGCUCAAGCAGGAUUUUACCACCAGCCCGCAUCGACAGGGGACGACCGAGCCAUGUGUUUCACCUGCAGCGUGUGUCUGGUCUGUUGGGAACCGACAGAUGAGCCCUGGUCCGAACACGAGAGGCAUUCUCCCAAUUGUCCGUUUGUGAAGGGCGAGCACACGCAGAACGUGCCGCUGUCGGUGACACUGGCCACCAGCCCCGCCCACUGUCCCAACAGUCACGACAGUUCGGACAAGAUCGCCUGCUAUGGCUUCGGCAGCUGCCCGCAGUUUCUGGCUGCCGCCACUAAAAGGGGCAAGAUCUGCAUCUGGGACGUCUCCAAAAUGAUGAGGGUGCACUUGAAGUUUGACAUCAAUCCGUACGACCCGGCCAUCCUGAGGCAGCUGAUUCUGUGCGACGGCGAGCAGAGCCAUCAGGCGCUGGCUGAGUCUGGGAGACCGACGCUGGCCUGGCUCGAGGAGUCGUCCUCGCACUCCGACCUGCCCAAACUAGAGGGAGACAGUGAUGACCAGUUGGAGGACUCGGACAGUAAUGAGCAUUCCCGAUCGGAGUCAGUAACGGGCCAGCAUUCCCGGUGGGAAGGCAUGGACGUGAGCCUCGGGGUGACGUCGUUGAGUGUUCUCCAGCAGCCAGAGAGGCUCCAGUGGGAGGUGGUGGCCAGUGUGCUGGAGGACACGGUCAAGGACCUGGAGGAGUUGGGAGCCAACCCCUCACUAAAUCAAGCCAAGGCCCACAGCCAGACCAGAGCAAAGGAUAAGAUCGCCGACCAGCAUAACAUUCCCUUCCCCUGUCUGCUGGCCGGAGGGCUGCUCAGCUACCGCUCGGCGUCAGGCACCCCCAUGGCUGGACCCCCACCCACAACCCCAGCUAAAUCACGCAGGACCACAGAUGGUCCCCUCAGGACACAGGGGCCGCAGCCCUUCCUUCAUCCUGGGCCUCUACAGGACCAGGGCCCCAUGGAGAUAGAUACCUGCAACGCCCAGACUGCAGCCCAGGAGCAGGUCUUCUCUAACCUGAUAGGUUCCCAACCACCAAGUCCCUCUUUCCUGCCGGCUGUUCGCAGGACUAUACCCGUGCUGCUGCUGUACAGUAUCAGAGAGGUGGAUGACAAGUCCUCGGGACAGGUGUUUGCUCAAAUGAACAACCUGAUGAGCAAGGGGCUCCACGAGGAGGGCUUCACAGUGCCACAAAUCAUAGAGAUGGAGUUUGACACGCACGAGCAGCUUCUUCUUCAGGAUCCUCCCAUCACUUACAUCCAGCAGUUUACCGACGCAGCGACUAAUCUGGCAGGGUUAGACGGACACACGGACAAAUGGAGUACGCUGGCCGCGGCGACCGCUUCCACCCCGCCCCGACCGGGAGCGCUGGUGCAGUGCUUGAGGCUGCCGAAACAGCUGGAGGAGGAGAACCUCUACGUGGACUCCAUCACGCCGUGCUGGGACGGCGUGCACCUCCUGGUCGGCCUGCAGCCGUGCGGCGCCGAAUCUCUGAGCGCGACGAACCAAGUGGAGGCGCUCAACAAUCUCAACCGCCUGCACUCUGCGCUCUGCAGCCAGCGCAAAGGAGACCUCCUCCACUCGGUGGCCAAUGGGGUGGAAGGCCACCACUCGGGGGGCUCGCUGCCCCAGACACCCCUCAUUCUGCCCCCGGGAGACCACCACCACCAGCAGCAGCAGCAGCAGCAGCAGAGAUCCCCGAGUGGUGGGAGUGGAGGCUAUCUUGCACUGUACAAACUCAACUACUCCACCCGUAUUGUCACCUUGGACGAGGAACCGGUCAAAGUGCAGCAGAUCUGGGACCCUUGCGAUGCCAUCACCUCUCUUAUAUUGCUUCCUCCAGAUGUGCUCGACGGCAGGGAGGACGACAGCGAAGAGGCUCCCGAGGAGGCGCACUCCUCUGGGUCUAAAAAAAGCUCAUCUAGGUUUGGAACGGGCCCGGCUGGCUCUGGAACCGGCACUGCAUGCGGAGCGGCCACAACCAGCAGCGCGACCGUCACCGGUCCGUCCACCUCAGGCUUGAGCCACAAAGAGUGCAAGAGAGUCGAGGUUACAGGCCUGGGUCACCUGGUGGUGACCACGCGGGCCGGGUACAUUAUGAUACUGGACCUGUCCACGUUGGAGGUCUUGGCCAAGGUGGAGCCGCCUAAGAAGGACGGGUCCGCAGACGAGACCGACCCCUUUGUCUCGGUUACCUAUUGCUCUGGGACUGACCGUCUUUGUGCCUGUACCAAAGGUGGAGAACUUCAUUUCCUUCAAAUUGGAGGCGUGUGCGACGACAUGGAUGACGGAGACAUGUUUAUUGAUGGCCCCCUUUCUAAAGGGGCUGAACUGUUGCUUGAGGGGGCCAAGCCCUCGUCCAACCCCUCUAGCCCUGGGAUCACAGUCGUGGACCUCCUGGUGGACCAACCGCUGACCCCGGAGAGCUUGAUGUCACUCGUGGAGCUGACGCGCUUUGAGACGUUGACCCCCCGCUUCUCGGCCACAGUGCCGCCGUGCUGGGUGGAGGUGCAGCAAGAGCAGCAGCAGCGCCGCCACCCACAGCACCUUCACCAGCAGCACCACGGAGACGCGGCCCAACACACCCGGACCUGGAAGCUUCAGAGUGAUGGCUCCAGCUGGGACGAGCAUGUGUUUGAGCUCGUGCUGCCCAAGGCCUGCAUGGUGGGCCACGUGGACUUCAAGUUUCUCCUGAACGCCAACAUCGUCAACAUUCCUCAGAUCCAGGUCACCUUACUGAAGAACAAAGCGCCCGGGCUGGUCAAAGUCAGCGAGACGGCGGUCGACAGACAGAUCUCCUUCCCCCUGUCCAGCGUGCUCCAUGCCAACGGGGAGAGGAACGGCCAGCCUCUGCUGCACGACUUCACAGAGGACAUCCAGUUCAUGGACAUAGAAGAGUCUUCAGGCUCCAUGCUGUGUCCAUUCUUGGAGGACCACAAGGAGGACAUUCUGUGCGGUCCGGUUUGGCUGGCCAGUGGGCUGGACCUCUCUGGCCACGCGGGCAUGCUCAGCCUCACCAGCCCCAAGCUGGUCAAAGGCAUGGCAGGAGGCAAGUAUCGGUCCUUCCUGGUUCACAUCAAAGCCGUGAGUGACCGGGGCAUGGAGGACGGCCCCCGGCCUGUGGUGAGGAUGCCCAGUGUCAAGCCUCAGGGCACCAAAGCCCACUCGCUGUCCACCCUGCUGCAGCGGGCCCAGGCCUCCAAGGACAAGGUGUCUGCAGUGAAAUCCGAGUCCGCAGCACCCUUGAAGAAAGUCGAAAACCUGCGAGGCUGUGACCUGCUGCAGGAAGUUUCAGUCACAAUCCGAAGGUUUAAGAAGACCUCAAUGCCCAAAGAAAGGGUCCAGCGCUGCGCUAUGCUGCAGUUCCCAGACUUCCACGAGAAGCUGCUGGACGCUCUGUGUCGGCGGACAGACGUGAGCCCGGCCAGCGAGCACGCUCAAAGCCUCAUCCUGGACACCUUGUGCUGGCUGGCUGGAGUUUUCUCCAACGGACCCUGCAGCGUGAGAGAAGGGAAGGAGGGCCUGCUGGCGAAAACACGGGCGCGGCUAACGGAUAUCGUGCGGAUGUGUUUCUUCGAGGCCGGCCGCAGCAUAGCGCACAAGUGUGCUCGCUUUCUUGCACUUUGCAUCAGCAACGGGAAAGGGGAGCCAAGUCAACAGGGUUUUGGCAUGAGUCUCCUGAAGGCGAUGCUAGACAACAUGCCUUACUUGCCUGCAGCAGCAACAGGUGGCUCGGUGUUCUGGUUUUUCGUGUUGCUGAACUAUGUCAAGGAAGAGGACCUGGCGGGCUGCAGCACCUCCUGCGCCUCUCUGCUCACCACCAUCUCUCGACAGCUGCAGGACCGCCUCACCCCGCUCGAGGCACUGCUGCAGACCAGGUACGGCCUGUACAGCUCUCCCUUCGACCCGGUGCUCUUUGACCUGGAGAUCAAUGGCUCCUCCUGUAAGAAUGCCUUCAACAGCAGCAUCGGAGUCCAGUCGGAUGAGAUCGACCUCUCUGACAUCUUGUCAGGGAACGGAAAAGUGAGCAGCUGUGCAGCAGCCGAGGGGAGCUUCACCGCAUUAACAGGACUGCUGGAGGUGGAGCCGUUGCACUUUACUUGUAUCUCCACGAGCGAUGGCACGCGGGUGGAACGAGACGACGCCAGCAUGUUCACUGUGAGCACAUUCGGCGUGACGCCCCCGGUGGGCGGCCUGUCGACGGGGUCGGUCGGCGAAGCUUCCACGGCUCUGAGCUCCGCGGCCCAAGUGGCGCUCCAAUCGCUGUCCCACGCCAUGGUGUCUGCGGAGCAGCAGCUGCAGGUGCUGCAGGAGAAACAACAGCAGCUGCUGAAGCUGCAGCAGCAGAAGGCCAAACUCGAGGCCAAGCUGCAUCAGACCACCUCUGCGGCGGCCACUGCCUCCGGCGUGGGGCCCAUCCACAACUCCGUGCCUUCCAACGCGUCCUCCGCUCCGGGCUUCUUCACCCACCCCUCUGACGUCAUCCCCCCGACGCCGAAAACCACGCCGCUCUUCAUGACCCCGCCUCUCACGCCGCCAAACGAGGCCGUGUCGGCGGCCUUUAGCGCCGAGCUGGCCCACCUGUUCCCCGGCUCCAUGAUGGAGCCCGGGCCCGUCAACCUGGCCGCGCACAAGAACGCCCAGAAAGCCAAGCUGAGCCCCAUGGGCAGUGGUCUGGCUUUGGCCAUUUCCCAAGCAUCUCACUUCCUGCAGCCUCCUCCACACCAGUCCAUCAUUAUUGAGCGGAUGCACUCUGGAGCUCGUCGCUUCGUCACGCUCGACUUUGGCCGUCCCGUCCUGCUGACCGACGCUCUGAUCCCGACCUGCGGUGACCUGGCCUCUCUGUCCAUCGACAUCUGGACACUGGGCGAGGAGGUGGACGGCCGCAGGCUGGUGGUGGCCACCGAUAUCAGCACCCACUCCCUCAUUCUGCACGACCUGCUGCCACCGCCCGUCUGCAGGUUCAUGAAGAUCACUGUGAUUGGGCGCUACGGCAGCACCAAUGCCCGGGCAAAGAUCCCACUGGGCUUCUACUAUGGCCACACGUACAUCCUGCCGUGGGAGAGUGAGCUUAAGUUGAUGCACGAUCCUCUGAGGGGAGAGAGCGAGGCGGCCAGUCAGCCAGAUGUGGAUCAGCACUUGACUAUGAUGGUGGCGCUGCAGGAGGACAUCCAGUGCCGUUACAACCUCGCUUGCCAUCGGCUGGAGACCCUGUUGCAGAACAUCGACCUGCCGCCUCUCAACAGCGCCAACAACGCCCAGUACUUCUUGCGAAAGCCGGACAAGGUGGUGGAGGAGGACCAACGGGUUUUCUCGGCCUACCAGGACUGCAUCCAGCUGCAGCUGCAGCUCAACCUCGCCCACCACACCGUCCAGCGGUUGCGCGUGUCGCUGGGCGCCAGCCGCAAGUCCCUCCCCACAGCCGCGGCGCCGGAGGUCCAGGAGCUGGUCCACAACUCGUCCACGGAGCAGCUGAGGACCAUCAUCCGCUACCUACUGGACACACUGCUCAGCCUGCUGCACUCCAACAGCGGUCACGCUGUGCCCGCGGUGCUCCAGAGUACCUUCCAUGCCCAGGCCUGUGAGGAGCUCUUCAAACACCUUUGCAUCAGCGGGACUCCGAAGAUCCGUCUUCACGCCGGCCUGCUGUUGGUGCAACUCUGCGGCGGCGAGCGCUGGUGGGGCCAGUUCCUCUCCAACGUCCUGCAGGAGCUCUACAACUCUGAACAACUGCUCAUCUUCCCUCAGGAUCGGGUGUUCAUGCUCCUGUCCUGCAUCGGCCAACGAUCCUUGAGUAACAGUGGUGUGUUAGAGGGCCUCCUGAACCUGCUGGACAACCUGCUGUGUCCACUGCAGCAGUCUCAAGCUGCCGCCCAGCGCAGGACUGAAGGUGUUUUGGAUAUCCCCAUGAUCAGCUGGGUGGUGAUGCUGGUGUCCAGACUUUUGGACUAUGUAGCCAAUAUAGAGGAUGAGGCUGCAGGUGGGAAGAAGCACCUUGGAGGGAAAGAGCGAGAGAGAAGUUUUACAGGCAUCCAGUGGAGCUUCAUCAACAACAGCCUUCAUUCUCAAAACUCCAGCAGGUCAGCCAAAGGCAGCAGCAGCCUGGAUCGACUCUACUCGCGUAAAAUCCGCAAGCAGCUCGUCCACCACAAGCAGCAGUUAAAUCUUUUGAAAGCAAAACAGAAAGCUUUGGUGGAGCAAAUCGAGAAGGAAAAGAUCCAGAGCAACAAAGGCUCCUCCUACAAACUGCUGGUGGAGCAGGCCAAGCUCAAACAAGCCACGUCCAAGCACUUUAAGGAUCUGAUCCGUCUGAGGCGGACGGCCGAAUGGCCGCGCUCCACGCUGGACACCGAGUCCUCAGCGGCCAAAGAAGUCCCAGAAGUCGAACCUCUGCCCUUCACGCUCUCCCAUGAGCGCUGCAUCUCGGUGGUGCAGAAGCUGGCCCUCUUCCUCCUCUCCAUGGACUUCACCUGCCAUGCUGACCUGCUCCUCUUUGUCUGCAAGGUCCUUGCGAGGAUAGCCAACGCCACGCGGCCCACAAUCCACCUGUGUGAGGUGGUAUCGGAGCAGCAGCUGGAGCGUCUGCUGCUCCUGCUUGUGGGGACCGACUUUAACCGGGGAGACAUCUCCUGGGGGGGCGCCUGGGCUCAGUAUUCCCUCACGUGUAUGCUACAGGACAUCCUAGCAGGUGAAUUGCUUUCCGCCGGCUCUCUGGACGUCAUGGAUGACGUGGCGGUGGGUGAGGAGGCCGGGGCGUCCUCCUCCUCCGCAGGAGUCGAUUCGGACGACUCCCUUCCCCAGCCGGCACCCAUCCCCCUGGUGGAGAGCAUCGACGAGGCCCUGGUGCCCGAUAUCAUCGCAGAUACGACGGGGGUCUCCUCACUAUUCCAAAGUGCUCCACCUCUGUCAUCUUUGGAAAAAGAUAAAGACAUAGACUUUGACUUGCUACAAGACCUGAUGGAUGUUGAUAUUGAUCCUUUAGAUAUUGAUUUGGAAAAAGAUCCACUCGCUGCCAAAGUGUUCAAGCCAAUAAGCAGCACCUGGUAUGACUACUGGGGUGCUGACUACGGCACGUACGGGUACAACCCGUACAUCGGAGGGGUUGGCAUCCCGGUGUCCAAACCGCCGGUUGCUGUUGAAAAGCCCGGCUCUCAGUGUCUGUCGGUGUCUGUGUCACAGGCUCUGGAUGCCCGGCUAGAAGUGGGCCUGGAGCAGCAGGCUGAGCUGAUGCUUAAGAUGAUGGCGACGCUGCAGGCCGACUCGAUUCUACAGGCCCUCACUUCAAACUCGUCCACAGUGAGCCAGGCCUCCAACGGGACCGAUGACUCCCUGCUGAGGGCUCUCCACGGAGGAGGCUCUCCCCCAGCCAGCAGCAUGAUGAUCCAGCCCUCCUCCAUCCCCAUGUUGAGUUCCUGCUUCAACAAACUCUUCUCCAUGCUGCAGGUCCAUCACGUUCAGCUGGAGUCCCUGCUGCAGCUGUGGUUGACGCUCAGUCUCAAUACAUGUUCCGCUGGCAGUGAAGAGAGCGGCUCGGACAUCUUCCUGUUCAACGCCAGCCGAGUGCCCACCAUCCCACUGAACCAAGCGUCCAUCAGCUGUUUCCUGACGGUGCUGGCGUGGUAUCCCAACACCUCCCUGAGAACGUGGUGCCUGGUGCUGCACUCCCUCACCCUGAUGACGAACAUGCCAGCCUGCGCCCCCAACCACAACAACGGGAUGAGCUCUCAGGAAAGCACGGCGCAGCAGAUGGUGUCUGAUCCCACCCUGGUUCACGUCCUGGUGCGCUUCCUGUCCGGCUCCAGCACCAACGGGACGAGCCAGCACAGCUCUCAGGUGGGACCCACCGCCACCCAGGCCAUGCACGAGUUUCUGAGCCGCCUGCAGGUCCACCUGUCCUCCACCUGCCCGCAGAUGUUCAGCGAGUUCCUCCUCAAACUCAUGCACAUCUUGUCUACUGAGAGGUAUGCAAUCGCCUCUCGAGAAAGGGGUCCGUUCCAGUCGGGCCAGGGUCCGCUGGACGCCCAGGUGAAGCUACUGGAGUUUACUCUGGAGCAAAACUUUGAGGUGGUGUCGGUGGCGACCAUCUCCUCCGUCAUCGAGUCCAUCACGUUCUUGGUUCACCACUACAUCACCUGCUCCGACAAAGUGGUUUCCCGCAGCGGCUCGGACAGCUCUGUGGGCGCCCGGGCUUGUUUCGGCGGUUUGUUUGCCAACAUCAUCCGGCCCGGCGACGUGAAGGCCGUCUGCGGAGAGACGACGCGCGACCAGCUGAUGUUUGACCUCCUCAAGCUGGUCAACCUGCUGGUGCAGCUGCCUCUGUCCGGGGACAGGGAGUUCAGCGGACGGCUGCCGCCGGCCGGCAGCAGAGCGGCCGACAGCAGCGUGUCGGACGAGGAGAAGGUCUGUGGCAGCAAAGAAAGCGUAGCCGGGGGAUCCGCCUUCAGCCAGGGGCCCCCUGCAGGUGUGGCGGACCUGGUGCUAGCCAAUCAGCAGAUUAUGAGCCAGAUCUUGUCAGCGCUGGGCCAGUGCAACAGCAGCGCCAUGGCAAUGAUCAUAGGAGCCAGCGGUCUCCACCUCACCAAACACGAGAACUUUCACGGCGGCCUCGAUGCCAUCUCGGUGGGCGACGGCCUCUUCACCAUCCUCACCACCCUCAGCAAGAGGGCCACCUCGGUCCAGGUCAUGCUCCAGCCCAUCCUCACAUACAUGGCCUGUGGUUACAUGGGCAGACAGGGGUCUCUUUCCACGUGUCAGCUGUCCGAGCCUCUUUUGUGGUUCAUCCUCCGCGUGUUGGAUACCAGCGAGGCUCUCAAGGCCUUCCAUGACAUGGGUGGUGUGCAGUUGAUCUGUAACAACAUGGUGACCAGCACCCGGGCCAUUGUGAACACGGCGCGCAGCAUGGUGUCCACCAUCAUGAAGUUCUUGGACUCAGGUCCCGGAAAGACGGCAGACGGCAACUUAAAAGCCAGAGUGAUGACCUCGGAGCCCGACAACGCUGAGGGACUCCACAACUUUGCUCCCUUAGGCACCAUAACGUCCAGCAGCCCCACAGCGCAGCCAGCAGAGGUCCUGCUCCAAGCCACGCCCCCCCACCGCCGGGCCCGGUCAGCAGCUUGGUCCUACAUCUUCCUGCCGGAGGAGGCGUGGUGUGACCUCACCAUCCACCUUCCUGCUGCUGUGCUGCUGAAAGAGCUCCACAUCCAGCCACAUCUUGCCUCUCUAGCCACCUGCCCGUCCUCGGUCUCGGUGGAGAUCAGUGCCGACGGGGUCAACAUGCUGCCGCUCUCCACGCCGGUCAUCACCAGCGGCCUGACGUACAUUAAGAUCCAGCUCGUGAAGGCGGAGGUCGCGUCGGCCGUCUGCCUGAGGCUGCACCGGCCCCGUGACGCCAGCACCCUCGGUCUGUCUCAGAUCAAACUGUUGGGCCUGACGGCGUUCGGCAACACCUCCUCUGCCACCGUCAACAACCCCUUCCUGCCUUCCGAGGACCAGGUCUCUAAAACCAGCAUCGGGUGGCUACGUCUUCUCCACCACUGCCUGACCCACGUCAGCGACCUGGAGGGAAUGAUGGCCAGUGCCGCAGCACCCACCGCCAACCUGCUGCAGACCUGCGCGGCAUUGCUCAUGUCGCCCUAUUGCGGCAUGCACUCGCCCAACAUCGAGGCCGUGCUGGUGAAGAUCGGCCUGCAGUCGACUCGCAUCGGACUCAAGCUCAUCGACAUUCUGCUGAGGAACUGUGCCGCCUCUGGCACCGACCCGACCAACCUGAACAGCCCUUUGCUGUUUGGCCGACUCAACGGCCUCUCCUCAGACUCCACCAUCGACAUUCUGUACCAGCUGGGCACCACGCAGGACCCUGGAACCAAAGACAGGAUCCAGGCUCUUCUCCAGUGGGUCCAUGACUCAUCGCGGGUGGCGGCCCACAAGAUGGCUGGCCACAUGGGAUACACGAGUGCCGGAGCCGGCUCUUCUUCUUCUUCUUCUUCUUCUUCGUCGUCGUUGAGGGAGUACGGCCUCCUCAUGCCGUCGCCCUCCCACAUCCACUGCGUGGCAGCCAUCCUGUGGCACAGCUACCAGUUGCCUGUUGACUACGACCUGCCUGCACUGCUCAACAGAGAGCUCUUUGAGCUGCUGUACAACUGGUCCAUGUCGUUGCCGUGCAACAUUGUGCUGAAGAAGGCCGUGGACAGCCUGCUGUGCUCCAUUUGUCACAUCCACCCCAGCUACUUCUCCCUCCUCAUGUCCUGGAUGGGCGUCGUUUCGGCGCCCAGCGCCAGCCACUCUCAGGCCCAGCAGCACCGCCUCUCCAUGACCGACGACGGCAAAAAGCAGCACGACGCCGACACCAGCGCCGCGGGACUCACGGACGACUCCAAGCACGCCAGACCCCCCGUUAAUCUGUCCGAGUCCCAGCUCACGACGCUGGCAGCCGCCUCCCAGUCGUCGGGGGCCAUCGAGCAGCUGCUGGCCUCGGGCUUGCCGUCGCUGCUGGUUCGCAGCCUGGCCCAGUUCGGUGUCGGCCUUCUGGCCAGCGCCGACCUGCCUCUGCCUGCUGCUCAGGCCGAGAGACGACAUCACCACUACCACUCGUCAUCGUCUUCUUCCACCUCCUCAUCCUCCUCCUCAUCCGCACACAUUAGACCGUCUCUGGCCGCGGAGCUCGCCGCUCCGGUGCUGCGUUUCCUGACUGAAGUGGGCAACAGUCACGCCAUGAAAGACUGGUUAGGAGGACCGGAGGUGAACCCGCUGUGGACGGCGCUGCUCUUCCUGCUGUGCCAUUCCAGUGCCAGUGCCAGUCUAGGCUGUCAGCCUCUGGGCUCUGCGGCCGGGCCUCCUCCGUCCCAGCCUCAGGCUUCAGGGUCCCGCUACUCCCUCACGUCUUCUGGGCAAGGAGGACUCACCACGCAGCAGAGGACCGCCCUGGAGAAUGCCACUGUGGCCUUCUUUCUCCAGUGUAUCUCCUGCCACCCGAACAACCAGCGGCGCAUGGCUAAGGUUCUCUGUGAGCUCUUCCAGUCUGCACCCCAGCGAGGCAACGUGCCCAUUUCUGGAAACAUCUCUGGCUUCAUUCGAAGGCUUUUCCUGCAGCUAAUGCUGGAGGACGAGAAGGUCACGGUCUUCCUACAGUCUCCCUGUCCGUUAUACAAAGGACGCAUCAAUGCCACCAGCCACAUGAUCCAGCAUCCCAUGUAUGGAGCAGGCCACAAAUACCGCACCCUCCACCUGCCCAUCUCCACCGCGCUGGCUGAAGUCCUGGACCGGGUGUCUGACACGCCCAGCAUCACAGCCAAGCUGAUCAAUGAGCAGAAGGAGGACAAGGAAAAGAAGAAUCACGAGGAGAAGGAGAAGAUGAAAGCGGACAGCGGCUUCCAGGACAACUACAGUGUUGUUGUGGCCUCAGGUUUGAAGUCCCAGUCCAAGCGAGCGCUUUCCACCCCUCCCAGACCUCCGUCGCGGAGGGGUCGCGUGAUGAGUGACAAGUUGACGGCGUCGUCUGGUGUGGAUCCUUCAGCCAAAACCAUCAGUGUGCCCGUCUUCCACCUGUACCACAAGCUGCUUCCAGGUCAGCCCCUACCAUCUGAGAUGACCCUGGCUCAGCUACUCACACUCCUGUACGACCGCAAGCUGCCCCAGGGCUAUCAGUCUAUCAACCUGACGGUCAAACUGGGCUCCAAGGUCAUCUCUGACCCCGGUCUUUCCAAAACCGACUCCUUCAAGAGGCUGCGCACUGAGAAAGGUCCUCCCUUUGCCCUCCUUGCAGUGGAUCACUGUGACAUCCUGAACAGCUGUCCCGAGGACGAACCGAUGACGGCCAGCGAAGAAUGUCUGGACGCCGCCACCGACGAGUCCCUGCUGGAGACCAACCCCAUCCAGUCACCGCUGCAGGUCUUUGCAGGCAUGGGCGGCCUGGCCCUGAUCGCAGAGAGGCUGCCCAUGCUCUACCCUGAUGUCAUUCAGCAGGUCAGUGCCCCGGUGGUGCCCUCCGCCACGCAGGAGAAACCCAAGGACAGCGACCAGUUCGAGUGGGUAACCAUCGAGCAGUCGGGCGAGCUGGUGUACGAGGCGCCCGAGUCCAUCGCCGCCGAGCCGCCGCCCAUCAACAAGCAGCCGUCUCAGUCGUCCUCGGUGGCGCCGUCUUCGGUGCAGACCAUGUCCCCCAUCCCGGCCCACUCUCUGGCGGCGUUCGGCCUGUUCCUGCGCCUGCCGGGGUACGCCGAAGUGCUGCUGAAGGAGAGGAAGCACGCCCAGUGUCUGCUGCGCCUGGUGCUGGGCGUCACCGACGACGGGGAGGGCAGUCACAUCCUGCAGUCUCCUUCAGCCAACGUGUUGCCCACGCUGCCGUUCCACGUGCUGCGAGCGCUGUUCAGCAGCACGCCGCUGACCACGGACGACGGCGUUCUGCUCCGCCGCAUGGCUCUGGAGAUCGGCGCCAUCCACCUCAUCCUGGCCUGCCUGUCGGCCCUCAGCCAUCACGUCGCCCGCAACCCCAACGGCAACGCCAGUGUGUCUGAGCCGCAGAUAUCCAGCUGUCACGGCGCGGGGACCAGUGAGGAGCAGCAGCUGUACUGGGCAAAAGGAACUGGUUUUGGUACUGGAUCCACAGCCUCGGGCUGGGACGUGGAGCAGGCCCUCACCAAACAACGGCUUGAAGAGGAACACGUCACCUGUCUACUGCAGGUCUUGGCAAGUUACAUCAACCCCGCGAGCGCCAGCAGCUGCCACGGCGCCGACGGCUCGUCAGCAGACGGCAGAGCCAACAACAGCUCGGCUCUGCCAGCCGUGCUGCAGGAGCUGUUGAGCCAGUCCUGCCUCAUCCCCGCCAUGUCCUCCUACCUACGCAACGACUCAGUUCUGGACAUGGCUCGUCAUGUGCCCUUGUAUCGGGCGCUGCUGGAGCUGCUUCGGGCCAUUUCCACCUGCACGGCCCUGGUCCCUCUGCUGCUGCCUCUCUCCGGAGACCCGGGACAGGAGCAGGAGGAAGAGGAGGAGGAUGAAGAACACUCUGAGGGACAGACCUCCGUCGGGAUGCUGCUGGCUAAGAUGAAGACGUGCGUGGACACGUACACCAAUCGCCUCAGGUCAAAGAAAGAUAAAAGCAAAGGUGUGGUGAAGCCAGAUAGCUCGGAUCCAGAGCCUGAGGGUCUGACUCUGCUGGUGCCUGACAUCCAGAGGACGGCUGAGAUCGUCUAUGCUGCCACCACCAGCCUCCGGCAGGCCAACCAGGAGAGGAAGCAGGUGGAGUCUUCGAGGAAGGUGUCAUGUCGGCCGAAGCCCCUGUUCAUUCUACGCUCUAUGGAAGAGAAAUACGUGGCUGCGAUGAAGAAGCUGCAGUUUGACACCUUUGAAAUGGUCACGGAGGACGAGGACGGGAAAGUAAUGUUCAAGGUCAAUUACCACUACAUGUCUCAGGUGAAGAACGCCAGCGACACGAACAGCGCGGCCCGAUCCCGCCGCCUCGCCCAGGAGGCCGUCACGCUGUCCACCUCUUUGCCCCUGUCCGCCUCUUCCAGCGUCUUCGUCCGCUGUGAUGAGGAGAGACUGGACAUCAUGAAGGUUCUCAUCACCGGUCCAGCCGACACCCCAUAUGCCAACGGCUGCUUUGAGUUUGAUGUGUACUUUCCCCAAGACUAUCCAAACUCCCCCCCUCUGGUCAACCUGGAGACCACCGGUGGACACAGCGUGCGCUUUAACCCUAACCUCUACAACGAUGGAAAAGUAUGUUUAAGUAUCCUCAACACAUGGCAUGGGAGACCUGAGGAGAAAUGGAACCCGCAGACCUCAAGCUUUUUACAGGUGCUCGUGUCGGUGCAGUCCCUCAUUCUGGUGGCUGAGCCAUACUUCAAUGAGCCGGGCUAUGAACGUUCCCGCGGGACUCCCAGUGGCACCCAGAGCUCACGGGAAUAUGACGGCAACAUCCGGCAGGCCACCGUCAAAUGGGCCAUGCUGGAGCAGAUGCGCAACCCCUCGCCAUGCUUCAAAGAGGUGAUCCACAAACACUUCUACCUGAAGCGAGCAGAGAUCAUGUCUCAGUGUGAGGAGUGGAUCGCGGACAUCCAGCAGUACAGCAGCGACAAGAGGGUGGGCCGCACCAUGUCCCACCACGCGGCCGCGCUCAAGAGACACACGGCUCAGCUCAGAGAGGAGCUUCUGAAGCUGCACUGCCCCGACGGCCUGGAGGCCGACAGCGACAAGUUCUCCGAGAGGAGCGCCGCCCUCCUCCUCAAAGACGCAGAGAAGCCCGGCGGCAGUCAGGGCCGCGGCGAGGGACAGCUAUGAGUCCUCCCAGCAUCUCCGACCCUCCUCCUCCUCCUCAUGAUGAUUAUUACUCUCUCGAAAAAAAACAAGGACUCGAUGGCUUCAGAGCACAAGCCGCCACUUUGUCAAUAUUUGUAUGUAAAGAUAGCAGAAUAGCAGAAUAGCGGGAUGUGGGGAACCGGAACGCGAUGAGAAGAACAAUGGAGGAAGCUUCGCCCUUAUUGAAAACUUUUAUUUACCUGUAAAAGAGUGUAAACAUUUUGUGCUUUUUUUUUCCUUUCUCCCAAUUGUGAAAUAACCACUGAUUGGUAUGUUAUUAAACUUGUUUAUGUAUACAUAAUGGCAGAGAGAGAGAGACAAAAAAACAGAUUAUAUAAGGGAAACUACCUUUUAGAGAAGAAUGUUCAUUUCCUUUUUUUUUUCUCUUUUUUUUUUACUGUUGGAGUGAGAGCAGUUGUAACCAAGGAUAUUGGUCAUUCUUUAAAGUUACUAUUUAAAAAAAAAAAAUUUAAAACACACACACACACACAAAAACAACAACAAAGCGAGCGGAAAAAAAAGAAACUGCACACGUAACAGAACCCGAGAUGAAAAGCCCCUCUGGUCUUUAUUGCUUCAUUUGAUUUCUCUAGGAUCAAACCCACUGGAAUAACUGCUGAUGGACGUUCUUAAUUGCUGUUAUCCCCUUUUACAGGCUCCACAUUAAAAAGCACCAUGCUCUGGAUAAACAUGUGUUGCCUCGCACAACUUCUCCGCGACCUUGACUGUAGAUCUUAGGACCGUGUGUGUGUCGUUCCACCAAAUACGUCGACAAGAGUACCUUUACUGAUUAUUCUUUUGUUGCCGUUUCUACAAAAUUAAUAAUUCUGCGCCGCCUGACAUAAAAAUUUAUUUUUUCCCGAACUUCAGUGAACAAAUGCACUUUCCCGUCGACUCUGUAGGACAGUCGCGUUCUCCUUGUUGCGAGGCCAUUAAAUGGAGCUUGAAAGUCUG